AACGGGGGCGGGACCUCUGGGUCCAGUCUAGGAAUCGCUCGAGGCCGUGCAGACUUGGCCGGCUUGGAGGCUGGGCCUCGGUUCCGGCCUUAGCUCGGACGAGGCCCGGUGAGUCUGGACCCGGAAAGGGUGGAGCCUCUGAGCUCAGACCCGGAAGCGACAGAGACGUUUCCAAGCCUAGACUAGGAAACCGGGUUGCUGGGAUCCUAGGCCGGAGAGUCCGCAAAGUGCGUCUCAGCCCAGCGGAGAAGGCCGUGGCGGGGCGGGACCCGGAGCCUAAUGUAGCAAGGGCGGGGUUCCACUGCGAUCGCCAGGCUAGCGGGAGGCGGAGCGGCGGGGAGCGCUGUGGCCCGGAUGUUCGGGCGCUGCGUUCGGACCGGCUGAUCCCCGGGCUUCUGUGGAGAACCUAGCCUGGCCAAUGGCUGUCGAUAUUCAACCAGCAUGCCUUGGACUCUACUGUGGGAAGACCCUGUUAUUUAAAAAUGGCUCAAGUGAAAUCUAUGGAGAAUGUGGGGUGUGCCCAAGAGGACAGAGGACAAACGCACAGAAAUACUGUCAGCCUUGCACGGAGUCCCCCGAGCUCUAUGACUGGUUCUACCUUGGAUUUAUGGCUAUGCUUCCUCUUGUCCUACAUUGGUUCUUCAUUGAGUGGUACUCAGGGAAAAAGAGUUCCAGCGCUCUCUUCCAGCACAUCACGGCACUGUUCGAGUGCAGCAUGGCAGCCAUCAUCACCUUACUCGUGAGCGAUCCAGUGGGCGUCCUGUACAUCCGUUCCUGCCGAGUACUGAUGCUCUCUGAUUGGUACACGAUGCUUUACAACCCGAGUCCAGAUUACAUCACCACAGUGCACUGCACUCACGAAGCAGUCUACCCGCUAUACACCAUCGUGUUUGUUUAUUAUGCAUUCUGCUUGGUGCUGAUGAUGCUUCUCCGGCCUCUGCUGGUGAAGAAGAUCGCCUGCGGACUAGGGAAGUCUGAGCGGUUCAAGAGCAUUUACGCCGCUCUUUACUUCUUCCCCAUCCUGACCGUGCUGCAGGCCGUUGGUGGAGGCCUCUUGUAUUAUGCCUUCCCAUACAUUAUAUUAGUGUUAUCUUUGGUUACUCUGGCUGUGUACAUGUCCGCUUCGGAAAUAGAGAACUGCUAUGAUCUCCUGGUCAGGAAGAAAAGACUCAUUGUUCUCUUCAGUCACUGGCUGCUGCACGCCUAUGGAAUAGUCUCCAUCUCCAGAGCGGACAGGCUUGAACAUGACCUGCCGCUUUUGGCUUUGGUGCCGACCCCAGCUCUGUUUUACCUGUUCACUGCAAAGUUUACUGAACCAUCGCGGAUACUCUCAGAAGGGGCCAAUGGACACUGAUGAUAAAAUGCCAAAAAAAAAAAAAAAGCAACCCCAAA